AUGUUGGCGGGGCCGCCGACCGGCGUGCUGCGGCCGCCCGUGGCUAUUGGGGAACUCGAGGAGGAUGACUUCCAGGAUGUCUUUGGACCAUCCACCUCCCCGAGCAAGAGCUUCCGAAACGGGGGUGGUGGUUGGAGCUUCCCAGCUGUGCAGUCGGACGAGGCCCAGUAUUCAGGCUGGGGCGUUCCUCCUUCCAGUUCGCACUACAGCGGAAGAGAGGACGACUACAUGCCUGAAGGACGAAGACUUGCAGACCCAGAGCCUCGGAACGGUUGGGGCCUGCCCGAUGACUUGGACGCAGUUGCAUCACGUGCGCCGCGGAGCAGCGGGCGGGAGGCGCUGCAGGCUGCGCCGUCGCUGUCCGUCCAGGGGCAGGAUCACCGGCUUGCAGAGCCCAUGCCACCUUCUCCAGCCGAUCACAGAGUACGGUCGCAAGCGGGACAUCUGCUGGAAGCCCAGACGCUCCCCGCAACGGACCAGGCUCAGAACGGCUUGGCUCCGCUUCCGGUCAGGAGGCUGGUCACGCGAUACGCGCAGCCAACAGUCUCUGUGGCCGCGGCGCCGUCUGCCCCGGCCGUAUGCCGCCUGCCAGCUGCUGGGGCUGCGUCCGCAGCAGGGGCUCCCGUGGUAGUGCCCUCCGCUGGUUCGUCACUGCUGCCGACACCAGUGCAGGCAGUGCAACACCAGCUGAUGCCAGCUUACUUGCAGCAGGCGCCGGCGUCAGACAACCUCAGAUGUGGACAGCUCCGCGGGCAGGCCCCCAUGGCUUUAGCAGAGCGCUAUGUGGCCAGCUGCCCGCGCCCGUCAGCUAUGACACCACAGAUUUCUUAUCCAACAGGCUGCAAUGUCAAUGUUCAGGAGCUUUCCACCUCCGUGGGCCUCAGCUGUGGCGUGCAGCGGAAGCAUCUUGCGCAGCAGAUCGAGAGCGGUGAUAUUCUGAGGAAUACGUUAGAAAUCUACCGUGCCUGUGACAGAAGCGCAUCGGGCAAUCUGCAAUGGGCAAACGGUGAGAUCCAGGAGUUCAUCUCACUGGUUUUCCGGCAGCACGGCUUGCCGCCCCCGAGCCCGACGGACAUGUACCAACUCUUCCUCCGUUUUGAUGAGGACAGAAACAGCGUCCUGGACGCCCGGGAGUGCGUUUGCAUGGUGGACGCACUGUUUCGUGCGACAGCGUUCUUGGAGGAUCCCGGGCGCCAUGGGGAGGUAACUCCCACGACGACGCCUAGUGGUUUCGUGCCAGCGCUGCCGUCUAACUUGUCAGUUCCAUCGACGCGGCCAGUUCUUUCUCGUGGUCCCAGUGUCGUCGUGUCAACCGAAGGCCGGCCGCGAACACCUUCUCCUCGCUUCGUUGACCCACAGGCCUACGCUCCCAGCCGCCUAAGCCCAGUGACGCUUCAAGCCAGCUCAGUGCCGGUUCUGCAGCCACGGCCCGGGCAGGCCCCAGGUGUCUCGCUGAGACCUGCUUCCCAGUCGAUCAGAUCCAUGCCUAUGAUGCCACAGUCUAUGCCCGUGAUGCCCAACUCGGUUCCCCAAGACGGGGAAGAGGAUCACUUACUGAUCCCGCACCGGAUCGAGGAUAUGGGCGAUGGUGUGUCACGCCGCCCUCCGCAGAACCAGCAGAAGCCACCCGCCUGGCAUGACAUCGAGGAGCGCCCACACUUGCUGGAAGUGGAGCUUCAGGAGUUGGAGCUGCACCCAGAUGCACCGGACCUUCAACCAGGGAUGUUCGAGUCGCUGAAGUACUUCGUGUCGCUGCAUCCCCGCUCUGAGGAGCCCGACCACAUUCCACUCCCUCGUGAUGCACCGCUGCAGACAGUGGAUGGUCACUACAUCGUGUCGCAGGCACAGAGAGCCGCCAAGCCCGGUCUGCAGGUCGGGAUUUUCGCUGGGGAUGAUGACGAAAGACCCAACCAGAACCCUGUCGUCACUUUCGAGGAGCCAUUCUCGUUGCGAAUGGAGAAGUUGGAUCAUCAUCUCGUGGCUUAUGUGUGGGCAACGAAGGGUACGCUUCUCGGUACUCCUGUGACAACGCUCGUUGGGCGGGCGCUGGCGCCGCUGCAGGAGUACCAACUUCAGAGAAGACCUACUACCUGGGGCAUCUUCGACAUCCUUCAAGGCCAUCGAGUGGCGGAGAUGAGACUGAAGUACCACGUCUGCACCACCCCAGCUGCUGUAACCGAUCUGGCGAUGGCGGACGUGAAGCAGACUGAAGUGACAGUCAAGUGGUCACCUCCAAAGAACGAUCACGGAGCGCCCGUCGUCGGAUACAAGAUCUCCAUACUGCUGGACCCACAGCCAAACGAACUGCCGGAGUGGUACACGCUCUGCGAAUGCACGAAAUCGCUGAACCCACUGUACGUCGUUGCGAACCUCAGGGGCAACACUGCUUAUCUCCUGGAUGUGCGUGCUGUGAACAAAGUAGGUGCCGGAGACGCUGGGGAGUUUGAGAUUGUGACAGCACCGAUACCUCCGGACCCACCGAGCAAGCCCUGGAUCGAGGAGGCACGGGACGGAUGCCUCAACGUCGCCUGGACACCUCCUCGUGGGGAUGGCGGGAUGCCGAUUACCGCUUACAGGAUCCGGAUGCGGAAGAUCUUGGGAGCCUCUCGCUGGAACCCAUUCGGACCCGGAGAAGCAGCUGCGAGCUGGGUGGAGAUGGGCUCAGUGGGAGCAGCGACCGGCCAAGAGGAUGCCUCGAUGUACAACGCCUGGGUAGGGCCUUUGGAGCUCGGCGCCUGUGAGUACCGCUUCCAGGUAACGGCUUUGAACAAGUUGGGCGAAAGCAAGGCUUCAGAGAUGAGUGACCCGCACUACACCUGA